AUGGUGUCCCUCACGCAUAUAUUUUCGAAGGCCCUCCUCACACUGCUGGUGGGCCAGUCUGCUGCCCUAAGCUUUCUCCCCGGCAUCAAGGCCAAUAAUCUCCAACUCGCCUCGGUAUUAGGUAUCGAUGGCCAUACCGCCAGGUUCAAUCCUGAGAAGAUCGCAGAGACCGCUAUCUCGCGCGGUUCUGGCUCAGAAGUCCCUGCCCGGCGGAUAUCGAUCCCCAUUGACCAUGAGGAUCCAUCUAUGGGCACCUAUCAGAACCGCUACUGGGUUUCAGCAGACUUUUACAAGCCCGGUGGUCCCGUCUUUGUACUAGAUGCCGGUGAAGGCAAUGCCUACUCCGUGGCGCAAUCGUAUCUCGGCGGAUCGGAUAACUUCUUCGCGGAGUACCUCAAGGAAUUCAAUGGGCUGGGUCUUGUGUGGGAGCAUCGCCAGGCACUGGCUGACCUCCCUUACUUCGCUGAGAAGUUCACUCUCAACGGGACAGACUUGAGCCCCAAGUCCAGUCCCUGGAUCAUGCUCGGUGGCUCAUACCCGGGCAUGCGCGCGGCCUUCACCCGCAACGAGUACCCGGACACCAUUUUCGCCUCGUUCGCAAUGUCUGCGCCCGUCGAAGCCCGGGUCAACAUGACCAUCUACUUCGAGCAAGUCUACCGCGGCAUGGUCGCGAACGGACUGGGCGGCUGUGCCAAGGACCUCAAGGCCAUCAACGACUACAUCGACAGCCAACUCGACAAGAAGGGCCAAGCCGCCGACGCCAUCAAGACACUCUUCCUCGGUAAGGAAGGCAUCCACAACUCCAACGGCGACUUCACCGCCGCGCUCGGAAGCAUCUACAACCUCUUCCAGAGCUACGGCGUCGACGGCGGCGAAGAAAGUCUCUCCCAGCUCUGCAGCUACCUCGACAAAGGCGCCAGCCCCAACGGCAUCGCCCGGAAAAUCGGAGUCAAGGAACUGACCGAGAAGUUCGCCGCCUGGCCCCCGCUUCUGUACCUCAUCAACCAGUGGGGCAGCCAGGUCGGUAACGGCGACUCCAACUGCAAGGGCCAGAACAAUUCCACCGAGACCGUCUGUGAGCUGGGCGGGCAGUUCACCGACCCCGACACCAUCAGCUGGACCUGGCAGUACUGCACCGAAUGGGGCUAUCUCCAGGCCGACAACGUGGGCCCUCACUCCCUACUCUCCAAGUACCAGUCCCUGGAGUACCAGCAGUCCCUUUGCUACCGACAGUUCCCCGGCGCAAAGGAGAGUGGCCUGCUCCCCGAGCACCCGGAGGCGAACGAGACGAACGCCGAAACAGGCGGAUGGACCAUCCGUCCUUCCAAUGUCUUCUGGAGCGCGGGCGAGUUCGAUCCCUGGCGGACGUUGACGCCCUUGUCGAAUGAGACAUUCGCGCCGAAGGGCGUGCAGAUCUCCACCAAUAUCCCCAAGUGUGGUGUCGAGACACCUGAGAAUGUGCUCUUCGGCUAUGUCAUUCCGAGGGCGGAGCAUUGCUUUGACUAUGACUUGAGUUACAAGCCGGCUGAUAAGUCGCGGAAGUUGUUCAGUCUUGCCUUGAAGAAGUGGCUCCCGUGCUGGCGGUCGGAGCAUGCUCCUAAGGGUGUACAGAGGAAGUGGAUAUGA